AUGGCGAGGUUCUCACGGAAUAAGCGGGCAUCCCCACCCAGCGUCUCCCCAUGGAUGACCCUCUUCUACAUCGGCGCCAUCCUCCUCGCUCCCAUGCUCUUCAUGGGCAUGAUUCCUUCCGCACAUGCCCAGGACACUGAGCAGCCUCUCAAGGACAGCAAUGCUGUUUCUGGACCUGUCAUCGGCAUCGAUCUCGGAACGACAUACUCCUGUGUUGGUAUCAUGAGAGGCGGCAAGGUCGAAAUCUUGGUCAACGACCAGGGUAACCGUAUCACACCAUCCUGGGUCGCCUGGAAUGACGACGAGCGAUUAGUCGGUGACGCCGCCAAGAAUCAGUUUGCCUCGAACCCGCACCGAACCGUCUUCGACAUCAAGCGAUUGAUUGGGCGCAAGACUUCGGAUCGGGACACGCAGAAGGACAUCAAGCACUUUCCCUUCAAGGUCGUGGACAAGAAUGGUCAGCCACGUGUUCAGGUUGAGGUCAAGGGCGAGCAGAAGACAUUCACCCCCGAAGAGGUCUCCUCCAUGAUCCUCGGCAAGAUGAAGGAGGUCGCCGAGUCUUACUUAGGCGAGAAGGUCGUUAACGCGGUCGUCACUGUCCCCGCCUACUUCAACGACGCUCAACGUGCCGCUACCAAGGAUGCCGGUACCAUCGCCGGUCUCAACGUCCUCCGUGUGGUCAACGAGCCCACUGCCGCCGCCCUCGCCUACGGCCUCGACAAGACCGACCAGGAACGCCAAAUCAUCGUCUACGAUCUUGGUGGAGGUACCUUUGAUGUCUCCAUCCUAACUGUCGACCAAGGUGUCUUCGAGGUCCAGGCUACCGCCGGUGACACCCACUUGGGAGGUGAGGACUUUGACCAGCGCGUCAUGGAUUUCUUCGUCAAGUCCUACAACAAGAAGCACGACACCGACAUUGCCAAGAACGCCAAGACGAUGGGUAAGCUCAAGCGUGAGGUCGAGAAGGCCAAGCGUACGCUUUCCAGCCAGAUGAGCACCAAGAUUGAAAUCGAGGCUUUCCACGAGGGCGAGGACUUCUCCGAGACCCUGACCCGCGCCAAGUUCGAGGAGCUGAACAAUGACCUGUUCAAGAAGACUCUUAAGCCCGUUGAGCAGGUGUUGAAGGACGCCAAGCUCAAGAAGAGCGAUAUCGAUGAUAUUGUACUUGUCGGUGGCUCUACUCGUAUUCCCAAGGUGCAGGCCAUGCUUGAGGAGUAUUUCGGCAAGAAGGCUAGCAAGGGUAUCAACCCUGAUGAGGCUGUCGCGUAUGGUGCGGCUGUUCAGGGUGGUGUGCUCUCUGGCGAGGAGGAGGCCAAAGACGUCGUCCUUAUGGACGUCAACCCCCUCACCCUCGGCAUCGAGACUACCGGCGGCGUCAUGACCCACCUCAUCAAGCGCGGCACCACGAUCCCAACCAAGAAAUCCCAAAUCUUCAGCACAGCCGCCGACAACCAGCCGACAGUCUUGAUCCAGGUCUUCGAAGGCGAGCGCUCGAUGACGAAGGACAACAAUCUUCUCGGUAAAUUCGAACUUAACGGUAUCCCCGCCGCCCCACGCGGCCAGCCUCAAAUCGAAGUCACAUUCGAGCUCGACGCGAACGGGAUUUUGCGUGUUAGCGCCGGCGACAAGGGCACGGGUAAGAGUGAAUCCAUCACCAUCACAAACGACAAGGGCCGCUUGAGUGCGGAGGAAAUCGAACGUAUGGUCGCCGAAGCCGAAAAAUACGCCGACGAGGACAAAGCCACCCGUGAGCGCAUCGAAGCCCGCAAUGGACUAGAGAACUACGCUUUCUCCCUCAAAAACCAGGUCAAUGAUGACGAGGGGCUUGGAGGGAAAAUCGACGAGGACGAUAAGGAGACGCUUAUGGAGGCGGUGAAGGAGGCGCAGGAUUGGUUGGAGGAGUUCGCGCAGACGGCCGAGGCGGAGGAGUUUGAGGAGCAGAAGCAGAAGCUGAGUGAUGUCGCUUAUCCCAUUACGAGUAAGCUUUAUGAGGGCGGUCCUGGGGGCGCCGGGGGGAUGCCCGAUUAUGGGGAUGAUGAGCCGAGUGGGCAUGAUGAGCUCUAG